AGGGGAAAUUUCUCCCCCCUACCCCUCUUGUGAAUUAGGUUUUUGGGUACACAGUGAAGACUAAACAGCGUUUGGGCUUGAGGUUGAAGAUUAAAACAGCUUAGAGAGAGACAGAAAGGAGGUUCAGACUCUGCCUCCUGCAUUAGCUUGAAUUGCUUCCUAAAUUGUUUUUUAGGAAACUUUAAUUCAAAAUCAUCAGUAUGCCAUUAAGGCAUAUUUGGGGCUGCCUACCCUGGGCCACAACAUUUGACUGGCUAUUGCUGUCUUUGAAGAUAAAAGGAAGGGACGCCAGUGCCUUUGAGAAGCUGGAUGAGGCAAACAAACAUUCUCUCCUGGAGCCUCCAGAAAAGAUAACGGCACUGCAGACAACUUGAGACCCGUUUUGAACUUCUGACCUCCCAAACUCUCUGGUGUCACACCUCAGAUAGGAUAGGUUUCAUCACUAGACCUCAGGCCUCUCACCCAAGGCUCCUGGUGCUCAACUUUAAAGCCUCUAUCCUCACUCCUGACUGAUAGAUCAGGGAACCAUUGAUUUCUGAUUCAGUACUUCAGACAUCUGACCCCUGAAGCAUGAGUACAGGACUCCUUGAAACCUUUUAGAAUGAUGGAAUUUGGACAUCUGACUCAUUCCCUUAGCAGAUGGAUUUUUGCUACUGCAGAUCAGCAGAGGGUGUCAGAUCUUUGAGUGCACCAGGCUGGAACGAGCAGAGCUUCUUAGCAACUCUCUUUUCCCCCCUCCCCAUUCUCGCGUUCUCUCCCUCCCUCAGACAGCUCCCCCCCAACCACCCGCCCUCCGCCCCCUCCACGUAUUCCGAAAGAGCAGAAGAAAGAGAAGGAGAACAAGAAAAGAAGAGCUAGUAACCAAGAGAGAGCCGGAGUCCAGGGGAAAAAAAAAAAAGAGGCUGAAGAGGACCGAAGGGGAGGAAAGGGAAAGGAUGGACAGCCACAAAACGCAGCGAUUGCGGAAAUUUUCCAGCGCCAUUGGUUCGGCAGCGUGAGUCCUUCGGUCCGGCGUGAUUUCAGCACCGGGGGGACUGGACAGCACCUCGGGGGGACUCCUGGGCAACCCGCAGCCACGGCAGGAACUCCAUCAAGCAGCCUCAACAACAGAAGCCACUGAAAACCCUGCUUUGUAUCAGAGAGGCAAGGAUGGUCGCUGUUACUUUGUGAUGAGAUCGGGGAUGAAUUGCUCGCUUUAAAAAUGCUGCUUUGGAUUCUGUUGCUGGAGACGUCUCUUUGUUUUGCCGCUGGAAACGUUACAGGGGACGUUUGCAAAGAGAAGAUCUGCUCCUGCAAUGAGAUAGAAGGGGACCUACACGUAGACUGUGAAAAAAAGGGCUUCACAAGUCUGCAGCGUUUCACCGCCCCGACUUCCCAGUUUUACCAUCUAUUUCUGCAUGGCAAUUCCCUCACUCGACUUUUCCCUAAUGAGUUCGCUAACUUUUAUAAUGCGGUUAGUUUGCACAUGGAAAACAAUGGCUUGCAUGAAAUCGUUCCUGGGGCUUUUCUGGGACUGCAGCUGGUGAAAAGGCUGCACAUCAACAACAACAAAAUCAAGUCUUUUCGAAAGCAGACUUUUCUGGGGCUGGACGAUCUGGAAUACCUCCAGGCUGAUUUUAAUUUAUUACGGGAUAUAGACCCGGGGGCCUUCCAGGACUUGAACAAGCUGGAGGUACUCAUUUUAAAUGACAAUCUCAUCAGCACCCUACCUGCCAACGUGUUCCAGUAUGUGCCCAUCACCCACCUGGAUCUCCGGGGAAACAGGCUGAAAACACUGCCCUACGAAGAGGUCUUGGAGCAAAUCCCUGGCAUUGCUGAGAUCCUGCUAGAGGAUAACCCAUGGGACUGCACCUGUGAUCUGCUCUCCCUGAAAGAAUGGCUGGAAAACAUUCCCAAAAAUGCCCUGAUCGGCCGAGUGGUCUGUGAAGCCCCCACCAGACUGCAGGGCAAAGACCUCAAUGAAACCACUGAACAGGACUUGUGUCCUUUGAAACACAGAGUGGAUUCUAGUCUCCCGGCUCCCCCUGCCCAAGAAGAGACCUUUCCCCCUGGCCCCCUGCCAACUCCCUUCAAGACAAAUGGGCAAGAAGAUCAUGCUACCCCAGGGUCGGCUCCAAACGGAGGUACAAAGAUCCCAGGCAACUGGCAGAUCAAAAUCAGACCCACGGCAGCGAUAGGGACUGGCAGCACCAGAAACAAACCCCCAGCCAACGGCUUGCCCUGCCCUGGGGGCUGCAGCUGCGACCACAUCCCGGGGUCGGGUUUAAAGAUGAACUGCAACAACCGGAACGUGAGCAGCUUGGCUGAUUUGAAGCCCAAGCUCUCCAACGUGCAGGAGCUCUUCCUGCGAGAUAACAAGAUCCACAGCAUCCGAAAAUCGCACUUUGUGGAUUACAAGAACCUCAUUCUGUUGGAUCUGGGCAACAACAACAUUGCCACCGUAGAGAACAACACUUUUAAGAACCUUUUAGACCUCAGGUGGCUGUAUAUGGACAGCAACUACCUGGACACGCUGUCCCGGGAGAAAUUCGCUGGGCUGCAAAACCUCGAGUACCUGAAUGUGGAGUACAACGCGAUCCAGCUCAUCCUUCCCGGCACCUUCAACGCCAUGCCCAAACUAAGGAUUCUCAUUCUCAACAACAACUUGCUCAGGUCCCUACCCGUGGACGUGUUUGCUGGGGUCUCGCUGUCUAAACUCAGCCUGCACAACAAUUACUUCAUGUACCUUCCAGUGGCCGGGGUGCUGGACCAGUUAACCUCCAUCAUCCAGAUAGACCUGCACGGAAACCCCUGGGAGUGCUCCUGUACCAUUGUGCCUUUCAAGCAAUGGGCCGAACGCCUGGGUUCCGAAGUGCUGAUGAGCGACCUCAAGUGUGAGACGCCGGUGAACUUCUUUAGGAAGGAUUUCAUGCUCCUCUCCAAUGACGAGAUCUGCCCCCAGCUGUACGCGAGAAUCUCGCCCACGUUAACUUCGCACAGUAAAAACAGCACUGGGUUGGCGGAGACCGGGACGCACUCCAACUCCUACUUAGACACCAGCAGGGUGUCCAUCUCCGUGUUGGUCCCAGGACUGCUGCUGGUGUUUGUCACCUCCGCCUUCACUGUGGUGGGCAUGCUCGUGUUUAUCCUGAGGAAUCGAAAGCGGUCCAAGAGAAGGGACGCCAACUCCUCGGCGUCCGAGAUUAAUUCCCUACAGACAGUCUGUGACUCUUCCUACUGGCACAAUGGGCCUUACAACGCAGAUGGGGCCCACAGAGUGUACGACUGUGGCUCCCACUCGCUCUCAGACUAAGACACCCAGCCUGGGUAAAGCAGAGGCGAGAGGAGGAGGGGAAGGAUGGAGAUGCCCCUCCACGGCCUCACUCUGCCAGCAUCCCCGGGGGUGGGGUAGGUCGGAGGAGCCCACACCCAAGUCCAGCGCGCCCCGAGGCUUGAUGGACAAAAGUAAAUAAAUAACUAUGGACUCGCUCGACGCAGAGGGUCUGACCCCUUUAGUACCCUUCGGGAAACAAAGAGCAGACUGUGGUGAGCGGCAGAGCGCUGCCAAAUCGCUCUUUGCUGCAGCCCCUUUUGACAAAGCCCAGCAGGAGCCCUGCUCAGAGCAGAGACGGUGCCCCUCCCCGCGGGGGAGGGGCUGGAGGCGAUCGCGGUCCUAUACAUAUAUACAUAUACCUACAUCUAUAUAGAGAGAUAGAUUAUCUAUUUUUCCCCCUGUGGAUUAGCCCCGUGAGGAGGUGGGGGCGCGAUGGCUCCCUGUUGGCUACGGAGGGAUGGGCAGUUGCACGAAGGCAUGAAUGUAUUGUAAAUAAGUAACUUUGACUUCUGACAAAAAGUGCUGCAUGGCUCGCAUGGAAUCCACGCGCUCCAGGGACGCUGCCCUCCCAGCGACUGGGGACCCCGUCACGUUCACAGCACCCACCCUCUUACCUGAUAAGUCCCAUCAUAUCAAACUUUCUAUAAACAAAAAUACAGCAUAAUCAGAAAGUGCCAUUUCGCCAUUAUUUGUGAUCGGUAGGCAGUUCAGAGCGUUACGUUUACUGUGAACAACAACAACAAAUGUAAAGGUUUUAUUUAGGAUAUUUGCAUGGCUAGUCAUCAGUCCAUUUUAUGAGUUAAAAAUGUAUUUUGUUGAACAAAGUUUUUAUGGGUUGUUUUGGGUUUUCUUUUAUUUUGAUGGUGAUUUUUCUUUUGGAGGGGGAAUAUUUUUCUAUACAUAUCCAAUAAUGCCUUCCAUCUGAAUGUAAAAUAAGUACCCAUGAUUUCUAUUAUAGUAUCAGUGUAAUUAUUAAAAAAAAAAAAGAUUUUGAGGCAGUUAAGCAUGACCAAUUAAUGUCACUCUAGUGCUUAGGCUGCGAUCUUAUGGUAGCAAUUCUGUGCUGGUGUAAAUCUUACUUAUAAAGUAGGAAAAAAGAACCGAGGAAGCACGUGGAACUUACUAAUUCUAUUCGAGGAUUUUAUAAUGGCAUAUUUUUUCAGUAUUAAAGUGAAAAUGUUUUCAA